AUGGGUUAUCAUAAAAUUCUCUCUCUUCUCAUCACCACUCUCUAUGCAUCGUCCCAUCAUAUUGCAGCUUCUCCCUCUCCACCACCUCACCGUGGCGGCGUAAAAGCCGCAUACUGGCCGUCGUGGCAGGCAGAGUCUCUCCCGCCCUCAUCCAUACCAACCGCCUACUUCACACACCUAUUCUACGCCUUCGUCCUAAUCGACCCAAACACAUUCCAAAUUUUACUCAACCCCAACGACGAUCAAUGGAUGCACGCCUUCACCUCCACCCUCCACGCCUCCACCCCUAAAUCCAAGGCUAUCCUCUCCAUAGGCGGAGCAGGGGCCGACCCCGCCACCUUCUCCGCCAUGGCCAGCUCCUCCGCCUCCCGCUCCGCCUUCAUCCAAUCCUCCAUCACCGCCGCACGCCACCACGGCUUCGACGGCCUCGACCUCGACUGGGAAUUCCCCAGCAACGCCCAAGACAUGUCGAACCUCGCACUCCUCCUCAAAGAAUGGCGAUCCCUUCUAAACCAAGAGUCCCUCGCCACGGCCCAGCCGAGGCUGCUGCUCUCGGCCGCCGUUUACUACUCCCCAGACCUGUCGUACCCCGGGCCCCGCGCCUAUCCCGGGGACGCCAUCAGGAGGUAUGUGGACAUUUUAAGUCCAAUGUGCUUUGACUACCACGGCGGAUGGGAGCCGAAUGCGACAGCGGCGCACGCGCUGCUGUAUGAUAGUAAAAGCAACGUGAGCACUAGCUACGGCGUGGCGGCGUGGAAGAGGGGCGGGGUGGGAUCGAAGCAGAUAGUGAUGGGGAUGCCGGCGUAUGGGCGGACGUGGAUGCUCAAGGAUCCGGAUCAGCACGGGAUCGGGGCGCCGGCCGUCGGAGCGGGCCAGGGCGGCGGCGUGCUGGUUUAUUCGGCGGUUGUGGAGUUCAACGCUGGGAAUAAUGCGACGGUGGUUUUCGACAACGCGACAGUGUCUACGUAUUCGUAUUCUGGGACGAAUUGGGUUGGAUACGACGAUGCUACUUCGAUAGCGGCUAAGGUGAAGUUUGCUAAGGCUCAGGGGCUUGGAGGCUAUUUCUUUUGGGCACUUGGUGAUGACAGCAACUGGACUCUUGCUAAGACAGCCUCCAUGACAUGGGACAGUGGAAAUUGA